UGGAGACAGGAACCAAUCAGACAGCAGUCUCCUCUGUGUAUGAACCAAAUAAAAAGAGGGGAGUCAUGAUCUGGUUUUGAAGAGUCAAGCAUUUGUUGUUCUGCAGAGAGCUACAGAGUACUUGGACGUGACUAACUUCAUAGAGGGUGUGCAGUAGUACUGGUUGAUUUCAGGAACAAUGGCAGUCUGGCCUCUUUGUCUGUCUUUCUUUCUGCUCUUUGCUCUGGAUGCUUCAGAGGCAACACCUCUUAAUGGCACAAGCAAUGAGGCAACACCUCUUAAUGGCACAAGCAAUGAGGCAGCACCUCUUAAUUGCAGAAGCGAUGGGACCUGUACCCUGGUCAGACAAGAAACCUGUGAAAGUGGAUGGUCUGCAUAUAAAGGUAGAUGCUUCCGCUUUUUUAACUUUCAGCGUUCCUGGAUUGAUGCAGAGAAACAGUGUUUGGGCUACGAUGGGAACCUGGCCUCUGUACACAGUUAUGAGGAGUACACCUUCGUACAGUUCAUGAUUAAAUAUCAAACUCAAGCUGCAACUGAGGCCUGGAUAGGAGGCUAUGACGCUGUUUCAGAGGGAACAUGGCUCUGGAGUGAUGGAUCAAAACUGGACCAAGAGAUAUGGGCUCCUUCACAACCUGACAAUACCAAUAGAAACGAGCACUGUCUUAUGAUGAACUAUCAACCCUCGAGCAACUGGAAUGACAGCCCCUGUCAUAUUAAAAAGCCUUAUGUGUGUGUGAAGAAAUACACACCAGCAUUUACGUUUCAUGUAAAAUUGUAAAUGUCUUAUUGUCUUGCAUUAAAGGAAUAGUUGACCAAAAAAUUACAAUUUUGAAACAUCGCUUACCCUCAGUCGAUCCAAGAUAAAGAUUAGUUCUUCAUCAGAACAGAUCUGAAGAAAUAUAACUUUACAUCAUUUGCUUAUUGAUGGAGAUCCUCUGCAGUGAAUGGGUGCCAUCAGAAUGAAAGCUCAAACAGCUGAUCUUGAAGACAUCACAAUAGUCCACACGACUCCAGUCCAUCAAGUAAUGUCUUGUGAAGUGAAAGGCUGCAAGUUUGUAAUCAAUUUUUCAUUUUUUUGGUCAAUUGCUCCUUUAACUAAUUCUCCCUAAUUUCUUUACUAAUGUGCAAGUAGAACUCAAUAAAUAUCAAGCAGUUGCAUUUAA